AUGCGUGAGGACGCAGUCGUCACUACCCCAAACGCCGCGUGGAUGCCCGAAUUCCCGGUCGCCGCGCCAGGACUUAUUGGCACCCGGGCCGAUGGACGAUGGGGUCCACAGGAAUACUCGAUCUGGCCGCAGCUCUAUCACCCCAGAGUCCUUCACCACGCGUGCAUUCCAGCCAAAGGCGGCCACGUAGACAUACUCCCCAUAACGAUUGAGUCCCUUUGGGAACCCCUCUCGAGUGAUGACUGGGCUAGCGACGCCGCAUGCGGUGUGCCCGAUCUAGGCUUCCUCAACGCCUCGAGGCUCCUGUCUCUCAAAUAUGUUGCGCAUGCGGUCUAUGGCCGCUUCGUUAACUCGCGAGCAGAUGCGAAGGCCAAGGCAUUCGGCCGACAUCUUCACAUUACGAUUGAGCAGGCCCUCGAUCGGCUCACCGUGCUUCCGACAUGGCGCGCGCAUACCAUCGCUGUCGCCGCUCAUAUCCAACGUCUUUGCCUGGAGCUGUGCGGUCUAGUGCUCCUGUUCGAGAUCGUCCAGCCUCGCAUUUCCAAUACACAUUAUAUCGCUGCGGCUCCUCUCGCUGUACGUGGCGCGUUCACAAACAAUGCUAGUACCGCCCAGGUGCUGUUCCGGUUGGGAAUACCAGUCUGGUACAUUCAGCCUCUUACGAAGACUCUACGCAUUAUUGAGGUCGUCGACGUGCCGACCUCGAUCUCCACGGUCUUGAGCCUAGAGCUCUCACAGCCGCGUCUUCACGGCACCGGCGAUCUUGCUGGCAUCGUCCAGCAUCCCGGUGAUUGGCCCUUCGCGAUGCAACAAGAAGUCUUGAAGAGCCUACUUGAUGCGCGGUUGCCCCCGCUACCGAAGGACGAAUGCCCAGCGCCUGAGGUGCCCCCUGCCAAGAAGGCAAGAGAAGAACCAGAUCGAGAUGAACCUCGUGCCAAUGCGGCUGGUGGCUCGUCUCGUCGCAAGCCUACGCAUCGGGGAAAACGGUCCCAACCGAUCGCUCCCGCUCCCGCUCCCCACCCAUCUCUCUAUUACCAGCCGCCUACCAUAGCCGUCGUGCCGAACGUCUGGGCCGACUGCCUCCGAUCUACGCCUACCCUGUCGCCCCCUGCAACACCGUCGACCUAUUAUUGGCCACCUCCCUUCUUGUUUGAAGGGGUGGGUGACAAGACCAAGCGGUAUCUACACAACUAUAUCCGAAUACGCGGUUUCUGUCGGCAACGUUUGCUGGACCCGACAAUCGGAGGAGAGCCGCUUCGAAUUUCGGAGUGGCGCGAUGCGCUCUGGGGGGACUACGCCGUUCGGGGUGACGAAGUGAUGCGUCCCGACGUUACGAAACGGAGCAAGGAACGUCGUCAGGUGCAGCAGAACAUUCGCCGCCUCUUUUCUAAGGCCGCGGGGCUCCCGACAUAUCACGAGGCUCUGACAGUGCAGUGGGGGGACACCGUCGCCACCCUUAGUACCCUCGACAACGUUAUGCUAAAGCGACGAAUCCUGUGGGAGAUACAUGAGGUGAAUUGGCGGUGCGAGCUCCGUGAGCUGGACGCAGUCUUGACUGACUCGCGUCAAUGGGGGACACUGCAGCAGUGGGAGCGUGAAGCACGAGUUUGUCGCGUAUGGGGGGCUGACAGCUCAGGGCUGCGCGUUGUCCCUCUCUGGGAGGACGGUGUCAAACCGAGGCUGUGUUGGAUCGAUUCUCCGAACAUAGGAUGGGAGACUUGUCGUGUCGCACUCGCCGAGAUUGUGGGUGUCAUGGCGCGGUGGUCGAAGCUUCCUGAGCUGCUCAAAAUCUCGCAGCAGGAGGUGCUCAGUAGUGACGCGGAUCGAUUCCUGCACCUCCAGAAGACUGCGAUUACGUUUUACAUACAAUCUUUUCUCGCUGUGUUUCACCGCUUGCCUGUUCCGCCUGCAGUGCUGCCGGAGAAUGGCUUUAGAGAUCGAUCAGUCGUGUACAAUGUAUGA